AGAAGUUGCACGCUUUGGAACAACAUGUCUGGCUUUUCUAAUGGGAGUGACAGUGUAAUGCCGAUCGACUUGAUUCAUUUUGUAUCCAAUGUGCGGUGUAAGCUACGUUGUACUUCGGAAUUCAGCAGUUAGAUUCUCGGUACAUCUUCACGAUACACACACUGUAGAUGUACAUGUAAGUCAUCCACUGCACUGCAGCUGCAACAAUGGGAGUACUACGAUGGGCAUCCCUCCAGCAGAGGGAUUCAGAUAUUCAUAAUUAUGCGCAGAGAUCAUGGUGUGUGCGAAAAGGACCCUGGUACAAAAUGUACUUGCAAAUGUGCAUACUGAUGGUAACGAUGAUAGCAAAACACCGAGCGCUGGCUGCCUGCCCACCCAUAUACAUCAAAGAGGCGCCAGAGGAUUGGAGUUGUGUGAGAGAAUGCCGUCCUGGCACUUUCUGCCAUAGUAGCAGCUGCUUACCCUGUUCCCCCUGUCCAGAUCCCUACACUCUGGCUGAGUCGGGAAGGACCGAAAUGUCCAUUGUCCCAGCGUGCAUUAAUAAUGGGAUCUGUCCCAACACCUGCGCCCCCAUCGGGUUCACUCCACCAGCAGCCAAUGCAUCUAUGUGUGACUGCGUGGGUGUUAUUCCACCGACUCCAGAACCUACACCUGUCAUUUGCAAGGAAGGCUGUUCUAAUGGUCACUGUGAAACACACGGAGAAUGCAUCUGCGACAGUGGUUGGGAUGGGGAGUUGUGUAACCUGAGGCAAUGUAUCCCCGACUGCAUGCACGGUCACUGUAACACCUCAUCAGGAGAGUGCAUCUGUUCUGUAGGAUGGGGAGGAUCGCUUUGUGAUGAAGAUUUAAGCUACUGUAGGAAUAACCAGCCAUGCCGGAAUGGUGGAACAUGUGCAGACAGUGAAAAUGGAGGUUACACCUGUCACUGUACGGAGGAAUUCACAGGAAUAGAUUGUGAGACAAAUUUGAGCUACUGUAGCAACAACCCGUCGUGUAGGAAUGGUGGAACAUGCUUAGACAAUGAAAAUGGAAGUUUCAGUUGUCAGUGCACGGAGGAUUUCACAGGAACAAAUUGUGAGACAAGAAUGAAGCUGUGGCUAUGUGAGGAGACUUGCCUCAACAAUGGAACCUGCCAGGAGACUGAAUUGGAUGUGUAUCAGUGUGAGUGCAUGGAAGGCUUCACUGGAACCAAGUGCCAGCAUUCAAAAGGUGCACCAAGUUGGGUGUAUGGGCUUGUAGGUGCCGUAGUUGUACUAGGCGCGGCUGCAGCACUGACUUGCAUUUUUUGCAGCAGGAAACUUCACAUCAGGCCUUGUGUGAAGGCCUUCUGGCCGCUCAACAAUGACAGCGACAUACAACUACUAAGGUUUUCUAAAAAGUCUGGUGAAUCGCUGGCCUAUGAGCUCUCUGGGACCACAGCCAUCCUCAAGGACCUUCACAAGUGGCCCCAGUGUGUCAUCAAGACCUGCCCAUGUGUCCCUGGAUUCCCUGUCCGCAUCAUGCCUGAUAUGCAGAGACAUGCAGUUCCAAAUCUCCGCCCAGGGUUCACCUACACCUUUCAUGUUUGCAGGGUGGGGCGCGAUGUCGAAGACAGUGAAUGUGUAGUGACUGAGUGCAGCUUUGAGGUUUCAGGAUUUGCUGAGGAAGAUGAAAUGUGCACUGGAACUCUGAAGCUGAUUGAAGAAAGCAUCCAGCUCCGGAGAGACCUGGACCAAAUCUUGGCCCACGGCGACGAUCUGCGACACUGCAUCUCCAGUUUCUUUGGCUUCAGCGACCGCUGCAGGGAUGCCUUCGUGAAGUCCGACAGCCAGCAGUGCGCCGAGACUCUGAGCGACAUUCUCAGAGCCUUGGACAAACUGGACUGCAGGGUGGAGCCCCUGCUGCGCCACCUGGAACGAGUCAAGCUGGACUCGGCGACCAAGUUUGCUCAGACACUGUGCAGGUAUCACCCGGAGUGCAAAGUCUGUCCCCACAUCUGUCAUCUGCUGCAUGGAGGAACCACCAAGUGGGCCAGUCAACAUGUCAACGAGGUCACCCCGUAUCCUCUUUUAAAUGGUACAACGACAUGCAUCUGAUAAGCCCGUGCCGUUGAAAG